UAGUCUUUUUCGAUCGUAUCAUUUUUUUGGCGUGAAAACGGCCUUGAAAUGCGCAAAAUUGACUGAGUGCCUGUAAAGCAAAAGGCAUGGGCGAUUUUCAUAUGAAAUCUGCAGCCGUCAGCAAAGAAGGAAAUAAUUUGGCUAAUAUUGUUUUAUGAGGGCUAGGGCGCUAGCUUCAUUAAAAGUUUGUUUCUAUUUCUACGUAUACGGGAUAUAAAAGCUGAAUUAAAAUGACCGCAGUUCAUUCUGUGACAGGUUUGUGUUUAGCAGUUCUUAUUUGUCAAGUUAGUUUGAACCAAGCUGCAUCUGGCCGGCCCCAUUCGUCGUGCCGGUAUUAUUCGCCAGACCUCGAAUGUACCGAAUCCAAUUUGGAAAUUCCCACAAAGUUCGAUGUUAGCCAAAUACCUACUGACAUUCGCACUAUACGUCUGAACUGUCCGAACAGUCACCAUGCGGGUGUUUACUGCAAUACGCUGAAGCGGAACGCACAGCCGUUUCCUGGGCGGGCACAGUUGCACUCAGUGGCUUUGUAUGGCUUCCAGCUGGACGAUGGUGCCAAAUUUCUCACGACGGCUUUACUCGGGAACGUCAAGCAGCAGAUCGAUAUACUGGACAUCCGCUAUUCCAAAUUUACUAAGCUAGAUGCGGAAAGCUUCAGAGGAUUCAGUGCAUUAAAGACUCUAAUCAUCGAAGGGAAUGAUUUAGUCGACAUCGCGGCGGAUACCUUCCAGUUUUUGGGCGCCAGGUCACCAAUUUUGUCUGACAUCAGUUUGGGAAGCAAUCGCAUUGUGUCCUUUGAUUGGUCUGCUUUGAAGCCUGUGGCUGAUUCUUUGAAAGACUUAAUUCUGUCCAACCAGCGCGGUUCAGGACUGCAAACACUUAGCCGCAGUUCAUCGAGCUUUUCCCUGAAGAAAUUAGACACAUUGGGACUGAACAACAAUAAACUCAAGACCGUUCCUAAAACAGUCCUGGAAACCCUUAACAAUUACGCUCUGUACUCUGGGCCCUAUUCUUUUAAAGGGAAUCCCUUUUGCCCUGCGGAUCCCAACUGUGGUUGCUGUGAACUGAAAGACUUUUUUGCAUGGGUACGCGAGUCUGAGAAGAAUGCCAAAGGUGACAUGCGGCUGAUGGUGGACUAUACCUGCGGAUCGGGAGCCACAGCCAAACAGCAUCUGUUGACCGUUACAACAGCCGGAUUUGAUUUGACUACCGGAAAACCGAAUUACAUUAAUGGGGAAACAGCUGAAUUUAAUCCGUUCCCAUCAAAGAACCCUAACACUGGCAGAGAUCCAUGUGAAGCAGCAUAAUAAACGACGAUUAUUAAUGAUAAAAUAUAUAAGCGCCCGUGUGGCUGUAUGGUGCAGGAUAGCUAUUGUAAUGAUUGAAUAGUAUGGUUGUUGUAUUGAUUGUUGAUAGCGGGUGUAUUAUCUGCCGACUGGUGUUGCAUGUUAUAAUUAUCCGUAAUAAAUAAAUAUGGUCGCUU